AAAAACAACAAAACAAAUAAAAUAAAAUCAUCUACACGGGGGGCAAAUGUAUAGGCCGAUCUAUCCACAUGGCCCUGCGUGCGGUGGGCGGGUGCUAUGCUUCCCCGCGGCCACUACAGUCUCGCACAUUUCUCUCUCAUGCAGGUCCUCUUCCUCUCAUCUCGUACGUGUCGUCACUUAUUUACCCACAGUCGUGCCCGCGGCUGGCUGGAUGAUGCGUGGCUGAAUGGGAUUGUACGUCGUGCAGAGCCACACCGCUCGUGCUCUGCACAUACAUCCUACAUACUGUGCCAUCAUACAUACAUACAUACUGUAUACAUCAAUCAUCGAAGCCCCGAAGGCUCUCACAAACGGAUCAGAUAACCUGCUUUGCCGUUAGUAGCGGCCGCGGAAGCUGGGUCUCCCAAUCGGCCAUGAUGGAGUCAUCAACGCCAAUUCCGGGGCAAUCAGUCUGAUCUGCCCCAGUACGUGAGUCAUGUUUCUAUCAAAUUUCAACUUUCACAAACAUCAU